UUAUCACAUUGGGUGUCAACUUUAGCUCAAGGUCUUAUCACGGCCGAUUCAAGUGGUCAUGUACAGUCUGUCGUUAUUAUAGAAAAUAAUUUAUAUUUAAAAAAAUAACUAUUAAAAUCGUAAAAUGGCAGGCGUAUACAGAGCUGUUGUUAAAGUUGCUGAUAAAUUUGUACCAACCAAAUUGCGUCCUCUAUGGGAACAUGAAGCUGGUCCAAAAACUAUUUUCUUCUGGGCUCCAGCAUUUAAAUGGGGCUUGGUGAUGGCUGGGUUGGGUGACUUGAAUCGGCCUGUGGAAUCUUUGUCGUUGCCACAAUCUGUGUCACUUGCGGCAACGGGUCUCAUCUGGUCUCGUUAUUCUCUUGUCAUUAUACCAAAGAACUACAGUCUUUUUGCUGUUAAUGUUUUUGUCGCUAUUACAAACUUGUAUCAAAUAGGCAGAGCUAUCAAACAUCAACAAAAUCUUAAAAAGAAAGAAUAGACAGCAAUGAUUAUCAACUAUUACUGUAGUACCUCUACAAAAAUGACAUUGUUAGUUAGAGCAAUUAGGAAAUUAGAGAAAUAAUCUCACUGGGUAAAUAAGUUAUUUAUUUUUAUAAUUUAUACAAAGGGUUUAUUUAUAUGUAAUACUUGAAGCUGGGUAUCGUAAUUUCUUUCUGUAUUAUUAUGUAAGUAUGACGAUUAGUAUUGGCAUUAUAAAGUAAUUUUUUUUUUCUAAAGUAUAUUGAAAUCCUGCCUUUUUAGCUUGGUUAAACUUAAUAAUUGAUCUUGUAAGUAAACAAAUAAAAUAUAUGCGUAUUCAACUGUGAUAAAUAAAAAUACGUGUAAUAUAUUUCAAGGAGCCAUAUGGCGGUGAGAACAAACUUACAAAGUACCUUAAAUUAGAUUGUAAUGAAUAUAAAGUUUCCCUUUUAUUUAAACUGUCUAUGACGUCACAGAAAAACUGCGACAGUCCGUUCUUUAAAAUGUUAAACAACAACUACUUUAACGUAAGUAAUUAUUUUUUAUGCAAUUUAAUAUAGAAUAUUGCAUGUAAAAUAAAGUUAUAAUAGCAUAAAACUGUAACUAGUGACGUCCAAAAGCCGAUGAAUAUUU